AUGCGCCAAAGGAAAUCUACCGCUGCGACGUUGCUGGGGUACGGCCUUCCCUCUCUCCGAGACUGAGACACGGCUCUGCCCUUCGCCGGCGCCGGCCCGAGCCCCCAGCUUCACCAGAGUCUCAUCACAGCCCCGUAGCCCAACAGUGCCGGACCAUACUGACGCUGCGCGAGUAGUGCGAACAGAAAUUCGUGCGCGCAGACCUCUUGGCCCGCCAUCGAAAGCGCCAUUCGGCUUCGUACGUCCCCAGGAACCGGCUGCCCAGCUUCAGUGCUACCACCGAGUCGUCGCCCACCACGACGGCCAUCUCGCCGUCUGCAACCAGCGAAGCCCGCCCGGCCCUCACACGGGUCCCGCAUGACGCCGCCAUAUUGCUCGGCCCGGACUCGAACUCACAGCCCUCACCGUCCUUGCCGAACCCUGCGCAGCCCCCGCCCAGGAUGUCGCACAGCAACCCCGGUGGCGGCUGGCAUGCGCAAAUGCCCGAGUUGGCCGCGGUCAACAUCAUCCGGCCCAGGCCGGGCUACUAUUCCCGCGACGCUCAGCGGGUCCCCGAGCAGCCCGCGCCCGUGGCCUAUCCCACGACCGAGUUCCAGGCCGGCGACAUGUCCCGCGAGAACUUCGCCGUGUGGCUGUUUGAUCCCCACGCGCCGUAUGGGGACUUCAGUGUCUCGCACCUGCCCUUCAUGGACGGCGGCCUCGAGUCGACCCUCAACAACAACAUCCAUUACGACUACGAGUCGCUGACCAGCGGCCGGUCCCAGCUCGACACGCCCACCCGCUUCGUCGAGACCGACGAGCUGAUCUCCGAGUUCCGCCGCCAGGAGAUUCUGCGCUGGUUCCAGGUGUUCCGCCAGAAGCAGCCCAAGGCGGAACCGCUCGUCGCGAACCUGGUGCAUGACAGCAGCGGAGACAUCCCCGCGCUGAGCGUCGACAUGAUGCGCGACUGUCUGCAGGAGUACUGGGACCGGGUGUCCCCUCGCCUCCCCAUCGUCCACCAGCCAACCUUUUCGUGCAACAGAUGCUCCAUCUUUCUGCUCAUGGUCAUGGUCGCGCUGGGGGCGAUCUCGCUGCGCACCCGAGACUCGACCGGGAACCUGGCCGACUACGGCGGCUUCGCCGACAUGCUCAUUCUCGGGGUCAGGUCGGAAAUCUUGACCGCCGAAGAGGCGCAACCGCCCGUUUCUCUCUGGGUAUCGCAGGCGCUGGUGCUGCUCGAGUUCUACGAGAAGAUGUACUCGUCUCGGCGACUCCACGAGCGCGCCCACAUCUACCACACCGUCACGCUCACCCUCCUCCGGCGGGGCAGCCCCCUUAUUGGCCGCUCCGGAAGCGAGUCGCCUCCCGAGGUGCCCUCCGCCGAGCAGCCGCAGGGUGUUUCGCUCGACUCGCACACGUGGUGGUGCCGAUGGGCCGAGACCGAAGCGAUCCACCGUGUGGUCUUCGCCGCCUUCAUGAUCGAUGUGAUCCACGCCGCCAUGUUCGGCCACGCGGCGGACAUGGCACCCCACGAGAUCCGGCUGCCGCUUCCCUGCGACGACAACAUGUGGACGGCCUCGAACCCGGACACGGUGCGACAACUCGACCAGAAUCUGCGCAUGUACGGCGUCCACCCUAUCUCGUUCCUUGACGGCUUGAAGCGCGCGCUCCACGGCAAGGAGGUCAGGACCCACUCGUUCGGUCGCAUGAUCAUUAUGUCUGGGCUGCUGAGCGUCGGCUGGCACCUGAGCCACCGCGAGACACGCCUCAAAGGGCUGGACCUGACCACGCCGUCGACCGACUCGCAAGAGGCCUGGAAGAAGGUCCUGCUGAGCGCGUUCGACGACUGGAAGCGCAGCUUCGACGCUGCCCAGGGCGCGUCGGGUAACCCGAGUCUCGCUGAUGCGCCCGGCUCCACUGGUCCCAUCCACAGCGCGGCCGUGCUUUACCACCUGGCGCAGAUCAGCCUGCACGUCGACAUCAUCGACUGCCAAGUCUACGCCGGCGCGAAGCGGUUGCUGGGGAGGAAGGUGUCCGUGAGAGACUACACUAACGUGGUCGCGCGGAUGCGUGUGUGGGCGACAUUGCCAUCAACCCGCCACGCCGUGCUGCAUGCCUGCAAGCUGCUCCACCGCGUGCUGGUCGAUCCACGGCGGAGCGCCAGCGUCGGCGACCGCGAACGCCUGGACAUCGGUUCCGGCGUGGUCAGCCUGCCGCCCAUGGAGGUGCAGUCCUACUCAUGCCGCAACGAGCCGGACCCACACCGGCCGUGGGUCAUGUACUACGCCGCGCUGAGCGUUUGGUCGUUCGUGCGCGCGCUCAGCCCCCAGGACUCUGUCCAUGAUCCGCCCCCGCACGCGAGCGGCCCGUUCCGGCCGGGCAAGCCCCUGCCGGUCAACUACCGGCGCGUGGCCGCCUAUCUCACCAACAUUGCAAACCUGCCCGAGAUGACCGAGAGCGCGGCGCUGAGCCUCAGGGAUGGACUGCCGGACCUGUUGGACGCCCUGCGCUCCGUGUUUGCCGAGGCGCAUUCGGAGCUGCUGCAGGAGGCGCACGAGCGGCUGGGGGUGUGCAAGGAGAUGCUGGCCAACUCCGCGGGCUGAGGUGAACUUUUUCCAAACCAGUAUCGACCCCCGGGAUUGCCGGUCACCCGGAUCGACAGAGAGUGACGAGUUAGCCACCUUUUCGGCACGGGAGAACGCGGCAUGCUCUGCUGUUGCGUGCCA